UUAAAACACAAUCCUUCUAGAAAUAAUCAAAGCAUAAACUAUCCAAACAUAGACAAACAGUCAGACAGAAAAUGGAUACAGAAAAUCAAAUCAGCAUAUGUUAUAGCACGUCCUAUCGUUGCCAUGUUUUUUUUUGAUAUUGUUUUACCAUUUGUUCUCUAUUAUAUCCUUAAGCUACGGUUAAGUCUUCUUCUUUCUUUGAUCUUAUCUAGUAUUCCUCCGCUACUAAGAGUGUUUUACGUGUAUUGGAAAGGAAGAUAAAUUGAAGCGCUUGGUGUUGCCUUUGUGAUUUCGCUUAUUGUCUCCGCUGUGCUUUCUGUGGCCAUAAAUGAUGUUCGAUUAAGUACACUUCGGGGCUUGGCAACGACGUCAAUUGUAGGCAUUGCUUUUUUAGUAACGCUUAUUCCAAUAAAAAUAAGACAGUACAAGGUUCAACCUUUCUUUUUCUCAAUUAUACAGCAGAUGAUGCACGAAGACUCGCCUGCAGAAAUAUCCAUAGAUCAUUCGGACACUUAUCGCAAAUUUUGUUACAUCUUCGGUGCUAUUUGGGGAUGUGCUCUCACUGGAGAACUCAUUAAUCAAAUAAGUAUGAUUCAAAGUACUGUGACAACAAAUGAUAUUAUUCUUUAUGGCAAUAUUAUUAUUUUUUUUCUUGUUGGCAGCUUGUUA